AUGUCGACAGUGUCCGCUGCUGCAGUGGAGCCCGCCGCCGUUACAGAGAGCGGUGAGCAGAAGAAGCCACUUAGGCCUUGCUGCGCUUGUCCUGAAACCAAGAAAGUCAGAGACGCAUGCAUCAUCGAAAAGGGUGAAGAGAACUGCACGGAACUCAUCGAGGCUCACAAAGACUGCAUGAGGCAGCUGGGAUUCAAGAUUUAA